AUGGACGAGACACUCUCAGAUGACAGGGCCAUUCUUGCCCCAGCCCCCACAGUAAACCUCACUGUUGAGGACCGGUUUCGGACUUUGAAGACAGCAGACAUCAGUCAUGUUGUUGUGCAGCUCUCUGAUAAAAGGCUGGACUCAAUCAUGCAGUGCCACGCCGGCCUCACCUACAAUUUCGACAGACCCUGGCCUUUCUGGUUCUUCAUCGGCAAGGCCCUAUCGAAAGCCUUUUUUGGCGAUGAGCAACAGCUACGGUGGUUCAAUUUUCUUCGCGUUCGGAACCGCGAGUUUGUCGCAUUCACCAAUAUGAGAGGGGAGAGUAUGUCAGACCUGGAACUACUGAAUCGCGACAAAGAUAAGCUUCAGGUGAUCGAAGUCGAUUUCUUGAAACCUGUGCCAGGUGAAAAUCUGAAGGCUUUUUGGAAGCCUGCACGGGGUAUCAUAUGCCAGAGAGUUGAAGCGUGGCUUGAAUUCUCAAGGAGAACCUCGGAGUCAAACGAAAACCAGGCACAGACGCUACCGUCUAACGAUGAAGUGACCUCGGCUCUAUGA